UUAUUAUUCUCGCUUACAUGUGAAGCGUUAACUUAAUGCCAAGUCAUGCAAAAGCUACUGGAGACAUUAAAAUGCGUUUAGUCUAAAGUUACAUGCUUAAAAAAUGUCACAAUGUGCAGACAGAAACUGAUUGCACUGGCUAAUGGGGCUAAUAUUUAUCUGCUACCCACUGUUUUUUUUUGUUAAUUACAUCUAUUUGUGUUCAUGGCUUGGCACUACUUGGGGAGGGGGGUGACAUUUGAAGCUAUCUUAUCUGGGUGUGAUCGCGUCAGGGAGUCUUGAGUGACAUGUCCGGAUUUGUUCACAUUGCUCUUUAUUUUCAUUUGGGGAAGUUAGACAUGAAGCAUUUUGUAGCUACUUCCCUGCAGACAACCUCGUUAAUCAGAACCUCACAUGACCCAGUGGUCACUCACAGAAACAGCCGCUAUGUCACAGAGUCUAGUCUCGUGAUGGGGAAAUGUAGUCACACACCGGUAACAUGGAGACAAGCAGCUCCCUUAACCUCAGCUGUCUUCUGCCGGGGUUUACAGUAAAGGCUUGCCCUACCUGUUCAUUCGUCUCCGUUUUGCAUAUCCCAAAAGAGGAGCUUCGUUUUUGUGUUUCAGUUUGCCAUGUGGGAGUAGACCAUCCAGGGAAGUGCCAUGCUAGCCACACAGACGCCAGAUAUGCCAGCUGAGGCCAAAAAUGUCAACCAGAUCAAAGAGAGGUUGGCACAUUCGCUCAAGGCCUUGCAGAAGCGGUAUGUGAUGUCAGACACCAUGGUCACCAGUGAAGACGGUGACGCCAACCUCCUCUGCUCUGCCCUGGAAGCCAUCUUCAUACAUGGUAUCAAGAGCAAGUACAUCCGCUCGGAGGCUGGAGGGCGGAACAGGAAAGGAGACAGAGGACCGCUUCCCCAGCCUUUUUUCUGGAGCCUCCUGAAGACUGUAACCCACCGUGAUGUGAUCACAGAGCUGGAGAAGAUCAGCUUUGUCGGGACGGACGUUGGCCGCUGCCGAGCAUGGCUACGACUGGCCCUCAACCACGGCCUCCUGGAGUGCUACCUCAUGUCGCUGUUCCGGGAGGACUCCGAGCUGCACUCUUACUAUCAGCCCAGUGCCUUGCUCCUGAACUCAGAGGAGCGUGAGGUUCUGCUCAGCUACCUCCAGGGUCUGGCCUCGCUCACGUUCAGCCUCUCCUACAAGUCAGCCGUCCUCAACGAAUGGACCACCACCCCGCUGGCUCUUGCUGGACUCUGCCCCUUGUCCCAACUGGAAACAUUCGACCUGUCCAUCAAUGGCGGAGAUCAUCCCAACUCCAAGCCCGUAUGUAAGGAAUUGUGGGAUACGGCGUCUCAGUCUUCGGGCUCGUCCGAUGCAUUGGAUGUGCAGAGAGGCUGCCCGGUGUUGCUGAGCAGGGGGUCGGGCGUAUUACAAGGAGGCGCGCUUCACUCGUCGAACUUAAGCCUGGACACCACGGGCUCCUCCCAGCUCUCCUCCAGCUUGAGCUCCGAUAGCCUUCUGCAGGGGCAGGACCCCCGCAGCCCGACAGCAGAUCAGUGGUCUUCGUGUGACCUGGAAGCGCCCAUUAAUGUCAGCAUCAGCAUCAAGAGACAGCAGAAAGAUCAGCUGAGCUAUUUCCGGGAGAGUGGAGACUGCAGUCAGGACUCCAUGCGUGAAGACUCGUUUGUCUCCAGCACGGGCCCCGAUCAGUUCUCGGAGAACGCCGUUUUCAGCGGCUCGGACAGCGAGACGCAGGGUCCUCCCACACCAUCCCAAGAGCCCGUGGACCAACCUCCAACUUCUGACCUGUCUGAUUCAGAGCCACCGGCAGCGUCUCUUGAUCUGUCGUCCUCUGACGAGAACCAAGACGUCCAGUGUCCACCCGUGGUCUGCGAUGACGCCUCCUCUGAGAUGCACUCGGACACGGACGUGCUUCCGCUAGUCAGCGAGCCUGAGGUGGAGGCGAAAGCUCUGAAGAGCAGCGAUUCUGUCCAGGAAAUGGACAGCUCAGUGAAGGGCAGCUCUGAAUCGUCAGUGCAUCAAGGCCCACAUCGCUCUGCUAGCGUCCUCAGCAGGAAAUACUCCACAGAGUCAGUCUCACACCCACAUUCUUGGAUCUCAGACGAUGACAUAUACAGGCCUCAUCUGGAGGAGGUGCCAGACAGUGAGGAGUUGCCUCCCUCUGCCGAUCCAGAGGAGCUCAAGGACUCUCAGUCGCCUCCCAGCGUCGUCCACCGCAGACAAAUAGGGCUGUCCAACCCCUUUCGAGGCCUGCUGAAGCUGGGUCACCUGGAACGGAGAGGAGCGGUGGGAAUGUGGCGCGACUACUACUGCGAGCUGUCGCCCUUCGAGUUCCGACUCUACGUGAACGCGGAGGAGCGGACGUGUUGCGACAACUGCUCCCUGAUGCGAUGCGAAGACGCCCGGGUCACGUCGCCCGAGGGCCGCUUCGAGUUGGCUUUUUCUGGGAAGCGGCUUUUCCUCCGAGCGGCCAACCGAGACGAGGCCGAGGACUGGGUGGACCGGAUAGUGGAGGCAGUCAACAAAUGCCGCCCAGCGUCUCGUGCUGACGAUCACUGGGAGGUGUUGCAGUCGUCCAGGGAGAACGGCGUGGAUGAACGCACGGCUUCAUCCCCUUCCUCCGCCCCCUCCAGCCCCGAGCGAGGCUUACCUUCCUCUGAAGCCAGCACCUGUGUGGCUCCUCCUCCUUCCCCUCAACAGGAACUGAACUGGAGUCGGACUACUGAUUUGGAAACGGACGCCAUCAAAGAAGCGGUUUUGUACUUUUCCACGGAUCCCGAGACUCGGACGUGGACGCCUCUGGUUUUCUCUCUCUCCUUGGAGUCCUUGAAAGGCUUUCAGGUCACAGAUGGAAGGAAGUUGCUGCGUCAAAGCCACCCCAUUGAGGAAAUCCGGGACGUGGUUCCUGACGUGUCCCUGGGAGGACCGGCCUUUUUCAGACUCCUGACGGUCAAGGAGACGCUCCGACUCAGGGCGGAGAACGCAGACGAGGCUCGGUCCUGGAGGGUUUUGAUCCGGGAAGCUCUGGACUCCUACCUGGAGAGCGGGGAGGACGGCGUCUCUGAGGAACCGGCGGUGGUGCAUUCAGGAGUGAACGGAAAUCUCUACAGAUUGGUGCAGCACAGACUAAAAGAAGAUGGAGUACUUCUUGCUCAUCUCUGUACAGUUCCUUCGGAGAAGGGGCUUGACACACAGAACUUCAAAUGUGCAGGCUGUUCUCAGCAGAUCGGCCCUUCCCAUGGCAGAGCCAGGUUAUGUGAGUUCACAGGCCAGUACUACUGUGACUCCUGCCACCACGGGGAGACCUCCAUCAUCCCCUCGCGCAUGGUGCACAACUGGGACCUCACGCAGCGAGAGGUGUCUAAGAAAGUCCUGCGGUUGCUGGCUCAGAUCGAACAGGAGCCUCUGCUGAACCUGGAGCAGCUGAACCCAGAGUUGGUGAAGCACGCAGAGUCCAUGACUCAGACCCACAGCCUCCGGGAGAGGCUGCGUCUGGUGGGCGACUACCUGCUCACCUGCCGCAGCGGAGCCCUCAAGACCCUCCAAGCUAGAACGGGGCAGCGAACAUAUUUGUUGGAGUCGAGCAAACUGUACAGUGUCUUGGACUUACGUCAGAUAGCUGAGGGGCAAUACACCAACUACCUUCUCUCAUUGGUGACCCACGCCUCCAACCACGUGUUCCGCUGCGACCUAUGCACGCAGCGUGGCUUCAUUUGUCAGAUGUGCCACUCGGGCGACAUCAUCUUCCCCUUCCAGUUCGACAGCACUACCAGGUGUAAAGAUUGUAAAGCUGUGUUUCACCUGGCCUGCAAGGCCGCCAAGAGCUCCUGUCCACGCUGCGAGCGCAUGAAGAAAUACCUGGAGAGGGACCUGCAGGAGGCUUGACGACCACCGGACGGGAGAGAAAAGUAUAAAAAGUAAACAAUUUACAAUGUAAAUUUUACAUGAAGGAACCUCAAGUGCAAUUAUAGAUUCACCUGCCCUGUAAAACAAAGAGGAAGUCGGGAGAGUAGCAGUGCUACAGUAGCUGAGACCCCCAGAGGUUGAUAGAAUGACGCAACGCAGCCAACUUUAAUACCUCUGUGACUUCCAGUUCAACCACGGCAUCAAAAGAAGGGCAGGACGACGCUGAAGGUUGCUGCACACUUUAUUUUUAUUUUUUUAUUUCUCAUCAUUGGUUUUUACUUCAAAUAACCACCGCGUUUACAUAAUAUGCUCCACAGUACGUUCAGCUUGUCGCCUUUUGACAAACGUGAGCUCUGUACAAUGCAAAACAAUGAAGAGCAGCACUUGAAACACUCUCUAUAACAGACUUUAAUCGUGCCUUGUUUUUAAUUUAAGCUUUACACUAUUUUCUCUUUACUGCCGCAUUACAUUUUCAUAACUGUAAAAUGGACGUACGUGCUAAUUCAAAGACUUUGGGGAAUGUUUCUCUCUGCACAUUAACUUUUUUUCCUUUUUCUAAAACAAUAAAGUCUUCACGCCGGCAUUAAAAUGUGUGAUUUAGAAGGAAGGUUCAGAGAAGAGUUAUUAAUUAAGCUGCUCAUGUGGUGAAAUAAAAAUAAAUGCGUGGCAGAAAAAUAAGAUGUAAAUGAAGAUUUGUGGUGGAGGGUAAAUACUGAAUUUCUCUGCAAAGUCAAAACAUAUAUUGCAUAUUUGCACUUAUUUAGCAACGACUGUUAAAGAGAUAUUUCAGCUGCGGCUGUAAUGUCCUCUAAAGAAAUUACCCCAAAAAGAACAAGAGGUUCUGACAUUUUAUCUCCUCCAACAACUGAGACAGACAAAAAAAAUAAUUAGAAAUCUCCUCAUCUGGUUCAUUUCUUAAUGUAUGCAGAACAUAUCAUAUGCAGAAUACUGUUAUUCCUGUUGGUAUUUAUUUCUUCCCAUUAUGUAUGAUGUAUAAAUGGCCAUAUUGAAAUAAAUGUCCCUGUGAUACUG